AUGGACCCAGAUAAACAAGAUGCUCUUAAUAGUAUUGAGAAUUCCAUUUAUAGAACAGCCUUCAAAUUACGAUCUGUGCAAACCAUGUGUCAACUGGACUUGAUUGACAGUUCUCAGAUUCAGGACGUCCUACUACGUGGAAGUUUCUGGGAAGCGAGACAGAGCCCCCUGUCUGUGCAGCAUCUUUUUCAGGCCCUCCAGGAGCUGUUUCAGAGGGUCAGGGAAAAGCCAGGGCACACGCAUCCCAGAGCUGCGGAACUCACUCUGAGCCUUCUCACAACGCUGUAUGACAGCACGGGAACUGGUUUUCUCCAGCUUGCUCCUGCAGCCGCUGCCCUGAUUGCCCUCUCGGGGGACAGUCCUCUUACCAAAUACAGAGCUCUCUUUCAGCUCUACGCAGCAAAUAACAGGGGAGGUUAUGAUGCCGGGGCACGCAUGACGCGAAGGGUUUUGAGAAACCUACUAACAGAUCUACAGCAGAUCCCAACUGUCGUGGGUGAGAGUCGUGCUCUGUGCUCUGUGGACAGUGCUACACGCAGCUGCUUCCAAGGGGUGCUGAGCCCAGCAAUCAAAGAAGAGAAAUUCCUGUCCUGGUUACAGUCCGAGCCUCCCAUCCUCCUGUGGCUCCCGACCUGCUACCGAUUGUCAGCCACUGAAAUGGUCACUCAUCCUGUGCGGUGUAGAAUAUGCAGGAACUUCCCAAUCACGGGACAGAGGUACCGCUGUCUGAAGUGUCUCAACUUUGACAUCUGCCAGGUGUGUUUCUUAUCCGGUCUUCACAGCAAGUCCCACCAGAAGUCUCAUCCUGUGGUUGAACAGUGUGUCCAGAUGUCGGCGAAGGAGAAUACAAAACUUCUCCUCGGGACUCUCAGAAACAACCUGCUCCAAGGAUGCUAUAGGAGGAAAGAAGCUGCGAGAAGGCAGUGGCUGCUGGAUCAGGUGAAUCCAAAGGCCAUGGCUGACCGAGCACGGGCCAGGUUCCUUAAAAAGCAGUUAAACCGAUACAAAGACAAGUUGCAAGCCAUGCACACCUCCCAGGAAGAAAAAAGUUGCAGAUUUGAAACAAAGAUUCACGAACUUACAGCCAACCAAAACAGUCUGUGGACCAAGCUACAGCAAAUGGGACAGGAUUUACAGGUAAUGUUGCAGCCACUCCAUUCAUCUUCUUCCUGUCAGAAUAUGAUUUCCAACAGUGACCAUGGAAAGGCUGAAAGGUUUUGGAAGGAAGAAGAUUCUUCCCAGAACAAAAAUGCCUAUGUCAAUGGUCCAGAAUGGGAAUCUCUUCCUAACCCCACUGUGAUUGACAAAAGUCAGCGAAGUGAAGCAAAAGCAGAGCACGCUCUACCAAAUUCAGGAUCUGCGGAGGGCAUUUUGCAGCCAAGGUCAACGCAAAGCCCCAAGGCACAAAACCAAGUACAAGCAAUCUCCAAGCAAAUCUUUAGCUCCCCAACCAGUUCUCAGGAAGGACUGCUGCAGGACGUCCCCCAGACUGCUCCCACUGAAAUAAACAGUCCUACUCUGGCAUCCAUGGAAAGGAAAGAGAGAGUUAACACCCAAGAGGAAAAGGAUGAGCUAGAAGAAGAGGAACUGCAAGAAUUAUUAUCAAAACUUAUGGAUACCUUCACUCUAGAAAUGCCAUCAGAUCCUCAGUCUUCAGUGAACAUGGACCUGUAUCGUGGAGCUGAGCGAGUGAGCAGGGCCUUCUCUGCCCUUGUGGAUCAAAUCACCUUGCCCAACUUGAAGUGA